AAAGCUUUGAGUCUCUGAUAAAGGCAUCAGAGAACCACACCAACCUGGUCCUCCAGGCGUCGUACCGCAACAUGGCUGGGGAGGCGUCAGGUCUGGUGAGAGAGUUGUUCACUGACGUCGGCCUCUUCCUCCUUGGCGCCGAACUCAACGUUGAUGACAUCAUCAGCCGCUUCUUCGACGCUCUCUUCCCACUGGUCUACCACCACCUCAUCAACCCCAGCCUCAGCCGCGUCACCCCCGGUUACGCCGAGUGCGUCCGCUCCGCCCGCCGCGAUUUGUCCCCGUUCGGCGCCGCUCCGGGAGUCCUAGCCAAUCAGAUCGGGAGGUCGGGGGUCGGGGGUCGUGUGCUGUUACAGGCGCUGCACCUCGGAGUAGAGGUGAUCAACACCACGGAUCACCUGGUGUUUAGCAGGGAGUGUCGCAGAGCUCUGCUCAGGAUGCAGUACUGUCCCCACUGCCACGGCCUCACCCUGUCUAAACCCUGUAUGGGCUACUGUCUCAACGUGAUGCGUGGCUGUCUGGCGAGCAUGGCUGAGGUGGACCCCCAUUGGAGAGAAUUCGUGAGGUCGUUGGAGGGGCUGUCGGCACGCAUGCACGGAACUCAGGACCUGGAGCAAGUGCUGCUGGGAGUUCACGCCGUCGUCCACGACGCCGUCGCACAUGCUCAGAGGAACGGGCCACACCUCUCGGCACAGGUGUAUAAAGUAUGUGGUCGUCCCAGUAGACAGCCUGCCCAGUCAGUCAGCGACCAGCAGGACGGAGAGUCCAUCCCUCUCAAAGCCUUCAUCAGAGAAACAGGAAACAGCCUGGCUACCAGGAGGAAAGAGUUCCUGAACAGUCUGCGUUUGUACCGUACCUUCUACGGUGGCCUGGCGGACCAGCUGUGUGUGAACCAGCUGGCCUCCGCCGAUGGACUGGCCUGCUGGAACGGAGCCGACGUUGUCAAGAGCUAUACUCUGAGAGUGGUGGGUAACGGAAUCAAGGCCCAGACUGCUAAUCCAGAGGUUAGAGUGAAGGAAGGGGACCCAGUCAUUCAUCAGAUCAUUGAUAAACUCAAGCACAUCAAUCAG